UGCCUUUGUGGUAUUUUAUAAUUUGCACUGUCUAUGUUGUGAGAGAAGUUUUUUUGAGAAAAGGGUCCAAUUUGGGGGAUUUUUUUAGAUUUGGGUUGGAAAAGAGGGGCAAAAUAAAGAAAAAACUGGUGAUGGAGGUCUGUCCAUGGUGGCUUUCUGCGAUUCAAAUUCCUCAACUCUUAUUAUAAGAGGUUGGCUGAAUUGGUAGCAGAUUGUAAAGAGUAGAAUCUAGGAAUAUGGAGUGCAAUAGAGAUGAGGCCACCAGGGCGAAAGAGAUUGCGGAGAAGAAGUUUGCGGCAAGGGAUGUAAUGGGAGCCAAGAAAUUUGCUUUGAAGGCUCAAAAUUUGUUUCCGGGGCUGGAGGGUAUGCCCCAAAUGUUGGCAACACUCGAUGUACAUGUUGCUGCAGAGAACAGAGUAAAUGGGGAAGUAGAUUGGUAUGGGGUACUUGGUCUCGAGCCGAGAGCAGAUGACGAGGCGGUGAGGAAACAGUAUAGGAAACUAGCUCUUAUGCUUCACCCCGAUAAGAACAAGUCUGUCGGGGCUGAUGGAGCAUUUAAGCUACUUUCCGAGGCAUGGAGUUUGUUGUCUGAUAAAGCUAAGAGGGGAGCGUAUGACCAGAGGAGGAAGGCUUCGACUUCACAGGCGGCCCCUCCUGGAGCCAAUGGGUUCUACAAUUUCACAAAAAGUUCAACGUCCAGUACAAAGCCUCCAAAGAGUACUUCAAGGGCAGCUCGCUCUUCAGCUCCUGGUUCAAAUCUUAAACCGAAACCCAGUACCUUUUGGACCGUCUGUCACAAGUGCAGGAUGCAGUAUGAGUACAUGAGAGUUUAUCUUAAUCAUAACCUUCUAUGCCCGAAUUGCCAUGAAGCAUUUUUUGCAGUGGAAAUAACUCCUCCACCUACAGGUGCCUCCAAGUCAUCCACCUCAUGGAAUCCAUCACAUCAGCGACAGAAUUCGAAUCAUGAAAAAAGCACAUAUAAUACAGGAAGAAGUAGAGAUAUAGGAGGACCUUCAGGAUUCACUGAAUCAUAUCACCAAAACAACUUCCAGUGGGGUCCAUUCUCCAAAGCAUCUGGUGCUUCUUCGGCUGCCCAAGCUGCAAGCAUGGUUCAACAGGCAUACGAGAAAGCAAAGAGAGAGCGCGAGGAAGCUCAAGCAGCAACAAAAAGAGAGGAGGCCUUGCGGAGGAAGCAUCAAGCCUCCUCCAAGAAGGCGAGUGGCACUUCAUCUAAUGCAGCAAAGAGAAGAAGAGGAAUGGAUGAUGUUGGUGGUAGCAUCAAGCCUCCAAGGGACGUUACGAAUCAAAUGGGUGGGGUAGCUGGAGCUGCAAACUUUUUUGGAUCUAGACAGCCUAAUUUUGAGUCAGGUAGGAUCAAUGGAACCACCAAGUCCAGUAUCACAAGGGAUUUCUCCGUGCUUGAAGUUCAUAAUUUACUGGCGGACAAGGCUAGGAAGGAAAUUCGCAGGAAACUGAAUGAACAGAAAUCUGAAACUGCAGUCAAACAGGUGGUAAAUGGGAAUGAGACAGAGAAAUCUUUGAAAAAUGUCGAUGCACGGCGUGAUCAGAACAAGUCUGGUGAGUCAGUUGAUAGAAAGAAUGGAGCUAGUGAGAGGAAACAUUCUGUCACUUCUAGUGCCAUAGCAGAUGCAGAAACCUUGCAGUCAAUGACAAUAACUGUUCCAGAUUCAGAUUUUCAUGAUUUUGACAGGGACCGAACUGAAGAGUCUUUUGGAGAAAAUCAGGUCUGGGCCGCAUAUGAUGGCGAUGAUGGGAUGCCUCGAUAUUAUGCCAUAAUUCAUAGUGUGAUAUCUUUAAACCCAUUCAAAAUGCGGAUCAGUUGGCUUAACUCCAAAACAAAUAGUGAAUUGGGCCCUCUAAACUGGGUUGCUUCUGGUUUCACAAAAACAUGUGGGGAUUUCAGAGUUGGCAAGUAUGAAAUCAACAAAUCACUCAAUUCUUUUUCGCACAAAGUUCGGUGGACAAAAGGUGCACGAGGGAUUAUCUGUAUAUAUCCCAAGAAGGGUGAUGUUUGGGCUCUCUAUAGGAAUUGGUCCCCUGAUUGGAAUGAAUUGACAGCCGACGAAGUAAUACACAAGUAUGAUAUGGUGGAAGUGGUUGAAGACUAUAAUGAAGAACUAGGUGUAACUGUAACUCCUCUGGUGAAAGUGGCUGGUUUCAAGUCAGUGUUCCACCGGCAUUUGGAUCCCAGAGAGGUUAGGAGGAUUCCGAGAGAAGAGAUGUUCCGAUUCUCUCAUCAUGUUCCUUCAUAUUUGCAUACCGGUCUAGAAGCAUCAAAUGCUCCAAAGGGUUGUCGGGAGCUAGAUCCAGCAGCUACACCGUUAGAACUUCUUCAGGUAGUAACUGAUGUGAAAGAUGAAGAGAUUAUGGAGAUAGAUGAGGAGAAACUUAAGGAAGUUGAUGUGAUAGAUGAAGAUGAAGAGAUUAUGGAGAUAGAUGAGAAACCUAAGGAAGUUGAUGUGAUAGAUGUUGAUGUUGGAAAUACUAAUGGCAUAGAGGAGAUAGCAGAGAAUUCCAGAACUGUUGGGGAAGAAAAGAGAGGGAGUUCAGUCACUCCGAAAAUAGAAAUUGAGGAGCCAAGAGACAAAGCAAGAUGAAAGAUUGGAGCAUGCUUCGGAAGUUCAAGUUGGUUGAGUUUUGGUGUACAUGAUUCAAUAUGGACAGAUUUUUUUCACUUGGUUUAAGAUUGGAUUACAACUGAUUCAUUGUUUUUAGCAUCAUCCUUGUAAUGUUGGGGCUAUGCGAAUAUGACUUGAAGUCAUGAUCGUAACCCUACAUUCAAGAGGUGAACUUCCAUCUUUCCUGGGAGGCGAAGCAGCAAAAAGACUGAAGGUGUCUUUUCUGCAGGUCAACCUAAUUCAGGCUACAUUCAAGGAUUUCGGAGGUGCAAGCUACAUAUUUUACAAACCCUCUUCCACCAGACAUUACUGAAGAACAACUCCUUAUGGGCUGUCCAAGAAUUUAUGCUCCAUUUAUGUAGUGCUUAGCCAAUAGUUUUCUUGCUUUUUUUGUAUCUGGAUGCUGUGAAUUUGCAUAAUCUUACAUACUUGAAUGUAAAACAGUACUGUUGUUAGUUCUGAUCAAUGAUCAAAUAGUAACGUUACUGAUAACCAUUUGAUUCUA